AUGGCGGUCAUCAUCAAGUUUGACAACGACAUAGAGGAGAUCCUCGCUGAUAGGGUGAUCAGAAAGAGAGGAGUUCCCAACUACACUGAGUACUUAAUCAAGUGGAAAGGUCAAUCAGACUCUGAAGCUAGUUGGGAACGUGAAGACUCCUAUGGUAGUUCACUGACCAAACCCAAUACUACAAGAAGGAAGUUAAUAUAUCCUAGUUAUAGCGUGGUUCCAAUAGCUGAAACUAGUGUCUCUUGCAUCCCAAAAGGUCAACGAAAUGUUGAGUCUGAGAACGAUAUUUGCGAUGAAUGUAAGGAUCUACUCAAAUCUCUUCCCAGAGAGAAGGGUUGGCCUUUCCCAGACAUUCAUCUCUAUCAAGACAUUUGGUACGCACCAUUUAAUAUCCAAGGCAUACGCUCUUUUCAAAAGCACUUGAAAGCAAAAGACAACGAUAUUGUUAUCGCCACCUUACCAAAAUCUGGAACUACUUGGUUGAAAGCCCUCAUUUUUGCCAUUGCGAGUCGUAAGCAUUUCUCUCCUUCACAAAGGAACCAUCCUUUGCUCACUCACAAUUCACACGAGCUUGUUCCUUUCAUAGAGUUAAAUUACUGUGCAAAUAACCAAAUUCCUGAUUUAUCCAACAUGCCUGAGCCUAGACUUUUUGGUACACAUGUCCCAUUUCAUUCAUUGCCUGAUUCAAUUACGAAAUCUAAAUGCAGGGUAAUCUAUAUGCGUCGUAAUCCAUUUGACCAGUUUGUGUCUUUAUGGCUUUUCUUGAAAAAACUCUCGCCACCAUCUUUACCCAAAAUAUCAUGUGAGGAAGCAUUUGAGAAGUACUGCAACGGGAUCAAUGAGGUUGGUCCAUUCUGGACACACAUGUUGGGUUAUUGGAGAGAGAGCAAAGAGACACCAAACAAGGUUUUGUUUUUAAAGUACGAAGAUUUGAAAGGAGAUAUCAAAUUGUACUUGAAAAGAGCAGCUGAGUUCUUGGAAUGCCCUUUCACUUCAGAGGAGGAAAGUAAUGGAGUUAUUGAAAGCAUAAUUGAGCUGUGUAGCUUUGAGAAGAUGAAGGAAUUGGAAGUCAACAAGAGUGGGAAAUUCUUGAAGCAGUAUGAAAAUAGGGAUCUCUUUAGGAAAGGUGAAGUAGGAGAUUGGGUAAAUCAUUUUUCCCCUUGGAUGGUAGAGAAAUUGUCUAAGGUGAUUGAAGAGAAGUUGGCUCGUUCUGAUCUGUCCUUUUAAUGGAUCUCUCCAUCCUGAUAAACUAUGAGCCUGCUAUAAUUCUUACAGUUCAACAUGAAAUGUGUGUCAUGAUGUUUUCUUUGGUAAUGAUGAGAACAUUCGUGUGAAUAUAUAUAUAUAUAUA